GAGGGAGCUUGCCUUGGCGAGCACCCCGCCAAGUCGGCGGCUCGCUGUCCGUUGUCGCCGCUCGUCCCUAUCGAAAUUCCGAGUCCGAGGACCUGUCUGUGUCAAAGGUCUCGGUGGGUCACGGCUGGUGCACCUUGGCGUAGCUCAAGCUGCUAGAACUCCACCCGCUCCUCCUCCUCCUCCUCCGUUUCUGGAUGAGCUGGCACACGCCGAAGGCACGGAGACGGGCCAACUCAUCGGAGCCCCCUGUGCCGUACCUCUCCCUACUGUGUAUGCACGCUCAGCGGCGUUAUGGAUGAAGACCGGGAGUUUGGCGGUCCCUCCGGUGGAUCGCCGGCGGACGGGAAGGGGAGCACUAACGCGUGGCGGCCGCGGUGGGCCUCCAUGCCCCCGAAGAAUCUUGAGUUCCAAGCGGCCAGCAACGACAGCUGCACUGUGGUCACGAGGAAAGUGGUACGGACCACGGUGGACGGCAAGGAACAGGUGGAAGACCACAGCUCCUCGGUGGAUGUGAGAACGGACGGAGCCUUCGGUGGUCUGUUUGACGCCGAGCUGGACGGACCGAGAAGGCAAAUCGGUCGGCUGCGCGAGGAGCUGGAGCACACGAUGUUGAAGAGGUCUUCCUUCAGCUCCUCCGAUGUCAAGGAUUAUGGCGACGGGGAGCAGGAGAUGACGAGUUCUUUCACCGUCCGACGCGGGGUCAAUCGCCACACCUUCCAUUCCAGGGCCGUGAAAAAGAAAGGCGUGGACUUCUCCGGCAGUUUAAAGUACUCCCGGAAUUCAAGAGGUGACGACGUGAGCCCUGCCGGUGGCGGCGGCGACGGCGGCGACGCUGGCGGCUCUACCGGCGGCGGCGGCGGCGGCGUCUCGGCCGAGUCCCUGGUCACGCCGCGCGAUCGCGGCUUCAUGAGCCACCUCAAUGAGCGGCUCGGCUUCGGGGAGAAGCUGUGGAGCCACUCCGCCGCCCGCUGGCCGUCGUCCUCCUCGGUCGACCCCGCCACGGUGACCCCCGCCGCCGAUGCCGAAGCCGACGAUGCCGACGAUGCCGACGAUGCCGACGAUGCCGACGACGCGGGCACGGGAGAGCGGGCGAACCGGCCCGAGGGCUCGCGCGGAGCGGGCGUGGAAGAGGAGCCCGGAGAGAAGCGUGGCUCGCCGGCCCGGGACGGGGCACGGCGACUCAGUGGGUUGGGACCCCUGCUGGGCACGGGCGGUGGCGCCGCUGCCAUCGCGAUACCGAGGCUCAGGCUAAUGAUGGACUCUGAGUUUCUGUAUCAGGAAUACCGCACCGAGACCAUCGUGCAGACGCUGCUACGACAGCGGUGCCAUGACGGGGAGGGAGACAGCGAGUUGCAUGGCCACUUUCAGCAGUUGGUGGCGUCCAUAACGCUGGACGACGACAACAGCAGCAGCAGCAUCGGCAGCGGUAGGAGCGGCAGAAGCUCACCACCAGUAAGACAACCGUGUCUGGAACUGCAGGACUCCGCAACGGGCCCCCUGGAGCUCCCUCGGCAGCGAUUGAAUGGCGCGGCGCGGGCGAUCUGCGCGGCGCCCGUCCAUCCCGGGCCAUCCCUGGACACCCCCAGGCCGCCGGAGAAGGGCCCUGUGUUCGAGUUUUGGCACACGCUGCCCGAGGUGCAGAGCAGCCAUCUCCUCUCCACCAUGACUCAAGAGCAGAUCAAACUGCAGGAGGCCAUGUUCGAGUUGAUCACGUCAGAAGCGUCGUACUUGCGGAGUCUGCGCGUCGCCACGGAGGUGUUCAUCGACAACCCUGACGUGAACGAGGUGCUCCCCUCCUCGCAGAGACACUUCGUCUUCUCCAACCUCCAGGAGGUGAAGGCGGUGAGCGAGAGGAUGCUCGCGGAGCUUGAGGAGCGCCUGGGUCAGAGCGUGGAGAUCUCGGACGUGUGCGACAUCGUGUACAAUCACGCGGCCAAAAACUUCCGCUGCUACGUGAAGUACAUCACCAACCAGCCCUACCAGGAGCGGGCGCUACGCACGCUCUCAAACGAAACUCCACAGUUCAGUCAGAUUCUCAACAGGCUGAUCAGUGAACCCCGCUGCAAGAAUCUCCCGCUAUCGUCAUUCCUCCUGCUGCCCUUCCAGCGCAUCACGCGGCUCAAGCUGCUGGUGGAGAAUAUCCUCAAGAGGACGGAGAAAGGCACGCAAAGACACCAGAACGCGCAGAGAGCUUGCAAGCAAUUGGAAAUGUGCAUCAUGGAGUGCAACGACGGGAUUCUCAAGAUGAGCCGGACGGAGGAGCUCAUUCACAUCGAGAAAACGCUCGAGUUCAAGGACAAGUCGGUGCCGAUCAUAUCGCACUCGCGAUGGCUCUACAAGCAGGGAGAGCUGAUGGAGAUGCACCAGGCGCUGGGCGCGACUCUCCGCAGCGGCAAAGUCAGCUUCAAGCCGCUCUACCUGUUCCUCUUCACGGACCUCCUGCUCUUCGCCCGCAAGAAGGAUGCCGGGACGCGUUUCCUGGUGUUUGAGCACGCGGAGCUGACGGCCGUGUCGGUGAGCGAGCAGCAGCCCAUCCAGAACCACAAGCAUCUCGUCCACCUCAAGGUUAAUUUGGACAACCGCAAGAGACGCAAGGCGUUCAUCCUCAAGGCUCAAUCGGAGAAUGAGCAGAAGCGAUGGAUCACUGCCAUCAAUCCGAAGCGGAACAAAACACCGCCGGAGGUGUAUGGCUUCUAUGCGGACUGCGAGCAGGUUUGCUGCAUCAAGCCUUACAAAGCUCAGGAGGCCGACGAGAUGACGCUGGAUUUUGCCGACUCCUUCUUCAUCCUGCGCAAGACCACGGAUGGCUGGUACGAGGGCGAGCGCAUGUCCGAUCGCCAGCGCGGCUGGUUCCCGAGCCGGGUGGUGGAGCCCGUGGCGAGCGGCAGCGUGCGGGAGGAGAACGUGCGUGAGCGCGAGUGUCUCCUGACCUCCGUGGAGGAGGGGGGCGGCGACGGCUGCAGCUACGGCGUCCCCACAAUAGUGUGAGAAACUUGUGGGGGGGGGGGGGGGGGGGAGUCUUCCGCAAACGAAGGGGAUGAAUGUGUCCCCCCGUCGGGGCGACUGCCCGAGGACGAGGAGGGGUCCGUGUGAAUUUGAUGGUGUGCGCGAGACUCCCCAUCGCAGUACAGCAAGACGGUUGCCGACCUGUUUGUGUGGAUGUCGAGUGUCAGGCUGGGUAUUCCAGUUUCCAUUCCACAUAGGAAAAUACUGUAUUCAAGAAGGGAUCGGUCAAACUUUGCUCGGCUAUUGCAACUCCCUCCUCUACACCUUCCUCAAAUGCCUGUCUAAACUCCGGAUUAUGUGAUAAGUUAGUGCCUAACUUCGCACCCAUAAAUGAUACGUCACCCGAAUGCACUUAGCCACCCACUGUGUGCCAAUCCUUAAUCAACUUCAACAUUGCACUCACCAUAUUCAAGAUCCUCCAUAGACUUGCCCUCGCCAACUUCUCCCCAUCCUCGCAUCCCUCUACUCCCUUGCAUGCAAUCUCCACUCGAGCGCCAAAGGCUUUCUCCGUAGUCCGGGAAGCCCCUUCCCCCAGCCAUCAUUGCUGCCGACUCCCCGCUCCUGUUCAAGUCGAGGCUCAAAACCUUCCUUUUUUCCCUCUGCCAUAUGCCGACUGCCAGUCUCGAUUGUAAAAUAUCCAUCGCGUUGUCCGUCAGCUGGGAGUUCUGGGAGAAAUUGCGUCAACUUGGGUGCAGUCGAGUCGAGGUGGCUGUUUGUGGAAACGAGGUGUAGUGAAGUGUUGUACCCCCUGCACACACGUAUUCCACUGUUUUAAUUACAAAUAAUAAGCGUACACACCUUGCAUACUUGUUUACAUGUAUACAUGCCAAAACAAAAAAAAUAUCAGCAGCAAAGUGGAAAUUAAAAUUCACCAAGUUUACAAUGUGUUUUACAAUAAUCUGCAUGCAUCUGGGAUGUACGGUGUUGGUAUGAUUUACUUUAAGCACUAGCUGGACUUGGUGGGUUCAUUUGAUAUGAUAAAAGUGCCUCUGGGUGCCACUUAAUGAGAUGGUUAAUUUGGAACACGGAGCUCAGCAACAAUGUGGACCUUGGUUCAAGACCAGUUGCAUACAAUUCCUUAAGCGACUGUAACUUGGCUCACAAUGCUUUCCAUUGCAAGCGAAUUGAUAAUAUCACUCAAAGUCAUUUCAUGCAACCGAUCGCAGAUCUUUUGUGGUCGCCUGAUGUCAAACGUCCUCCUGUGAUGUGAGCGAGGAGGCCUUAAGUCGAGUCAACCGAUUACCAGAUGCAAAUUAUUGCAUUGUAAAUGCGUUUUAAGUGUGCGAGUUGUUGCAUUUGUCUGUAGAUAGUGAGCCGUGACUAUCGAAGGCUGAAAGCACUGUUUGAUGGCCCUGUUUGUGGACGUGUUGAAGAGACGUUUGGUCGAAGUUGUGAAGUCUUUUUUUUAGAAGCCACGUUCUCUUGCGGCGCCGCGAUCUGUACGCAGCUCUGAACGAUGCCUGCUCCAUGUGCCUUGCCACGUGAGAGCACAAUUGCGAUGCGACUGGUGUAACAACGCUACGAAUAUAUGUAAUACAUAUGCUGUAAAUAAAGUAUUCAGUAGGGUCAUUGUGACACUUUAAUUACGUUGAUUACAAUGUAUAGAUUUUGUUGCUUAAAGGCAUUAUCGGCAGUAACAAUAGACACUAGCUUUUGUAUUUUACAUUAUCGCCGCUAUCUAUGCACCUCAUGCUAUUUAAUUUGAAGUUGAUCGUGCAGUGAUGAGAAACGGAUAUCUCAUUUCCUAACGCAAUACGAUCAACCUUGGCAUGUUUAACAAUAAUUUCUUCCCACCGCUUAUUCCCACGAAAAGGUGAGGCAUAUAUGAAUGUAGUUUCUUUACAAAGGUGGCUGUGUCAAUGUUGAUCUUAUUUCAAUGCAGUCCCAUGUCGUCACAUUAAAGAUUUAUGUUUUAAUAAUUGAUAGAAUUGAUUAGCAAUAUUCUAUUUUGAAAAGUUUGACUUAACGGUCAUCGUGUUGCAUUUUAGACAGCGGGCAUAGAAAACUGUGUACCCUGUAUUGUAUUUUCCAUUCUAUGGCAGUUUUUUUAAUCACUAAGGCAUUUUCUUGGUCAUGAUGUUCAGAAUCUGGCUUCCAUACAAAGCACUGAGCCAGUUUUUUUUAAUAUGUUUAAGCCCCAGGUUACCCAUUAUGAUACAAACAAGUCCUGCAGUAUAUUAAACAUGGUCUGUUCUCAGUCGCCAAAUGUUACAAACAAAUUUCCACUUAAUGCGUUUCUGCCCAGCACUGAAGAUAAUUGAAAAUGACCAGAUUUGAAUACCCGCAAUACAAAUGUAAUCAUAUGACACAGUUUCAGAGCUCACCCCAAUGUUUUUAAUGCAAUAAAAGUUGUUAAAUAUUUGGUAUUAGUUUAAGUGCGUAUUUUGCCAUGUGUUUGUGCCUGUGAUAGUUGGUAGUCUACUAGUCACUGGGUGUGAAUGUGCAACAUGUUUAUAACAUAAAAAAUGUAGGGUUAUUUUAUAUAAACUACAUUUUUAUUGUUGAGUUAAAGCUUUCGUGACUGCAGGGAUUCAUAUUCUUGGUUCUUUCGGUAAAUUCACGUAGAAGGGAAACAAUAAAAUAAUAAAAAACAAUAAAAAUAUAAAACAAUAUUUGUAUUAUUAUAUUGUUUCCCUUCUACGUGACUUUACCGAAAGAACCCAGAAUAUGAAUAUUUUUUAAUGUUCUUAAAACUGCCAGUGUAAAUAAACAAUUGAGUAACCGAAUCGGUCCUGACCUGCCCUUCAAUUCUCAUAGCUGGAGGCCUCCAUUCAACAAUAGAUUCACACAAGGGCCAUGAAUUGCUGUAUUAUUACUUAGGGCCUGUCCCCAUCUAAUACACUUUUAUUUUCUAAAUUGCACAAAGUAAUAGAAUUGUCUCUUUAGCAAAUGAAAAACGGUUAUUUAGGAUCAGUUUAUAACAAUGGAGGAGAGCCGAUUCUGAAAGGAGGAAGUGAAAGGACUGUCACAGGCCAUUGGGGUAAGCAUUUAUCAUAACCAAGGAUUGAUGGAAAAAUGAAGGGGGGAAAACGACUUGCAUACAAUAUACCAUUGUGAGGCGCUACACAUUUACAUGUCAAUGUUCAUGCGUGGUUCAAAAAGUUGAGAACCUAACAUAUCUACCAAGUACAUACAAGCAUAAGAUCUUACUUUUCAGGUCACCCUUUUCUCACAAUGAAUUAUUAGUAUAAUUCCCAAAGCUUUUUUAUUCCCUCAAAUACAGAUGGCUCCUUUGGACAUGCAAGUGAUAAAAACUUUGGAUUUGACAUGAAAAUGUUGAUAAUGUAUUUUAUGCGCGUUUCAUCUUAUCGCGAUCCUUGUACAUUGUGAAUCACUACAUAUAACGCAAGUUUUAAGUAAAAAAUGUACCGAUGGCACCAAUUUUCGAGAUUAAAAGUGCGAUUUGAGAGAUGUCAUUUUAAGGAUGUUAAAUAUGCACUUCAAUUGUAAACAUGUACUUGCAGGUAUUGUAGAAAGUUAGGUGUAUACAGGUAAUAUCCAGCUUUAUUGUAAAGCAAUUGCUUUAAAAAAAAUGUACGUAUUAAUUCCUAGCAAAAUUGUAGUACCGUACAAUAGUUCCAAAAAAGUUACUACAUGCAGUCUGUCCAUCAAGUAUUAAACGCAAAAUAAAAAGUUUUCAUAAAAAUAA